AUGCCGAAAGAGUGUAAAUCGUCUGAUGAGAAUCCUGGUGUAGCAGGUGAAAUCGCUUUCUACAAAAAGGAAGGCAAUGCGUUUCAACGCCAGCUAGAUAAUCUCAAUAGCUUCCUUACGAACGAGCAGCUAAAAAACUUAGAUGAGGCCGAACUUUCUGCGCGACUUAAACAUGCUGAGCGUUUGCAGGCAAACUUCGAAAAUGCACGAUCAACACUUAGGCGAUUGGACCGCAAGGAAUUCGAGUCUGAUGCUGACGAAAAUUUCUCCAAAGUGUAUAUUGAGGUAGAGGCAAAAAUUAAUCGUUGGCUGAAUACAAAAUAUAAGUCAUCUGGCGCGCACUCUUCAACACUACGACAGUUCUCUUGGGACGACAUUACGCCGCAGCAGUUGCAACGACGAUCCAGGCUACCUGAGCUCAAAAUUCCAGUUUUUAGUGGCUCCUAUCUCGACUGGCCAUCGUUUUUCAGCACGUUUACUUCAGCAAUAGACAAAGACGUGGAGAUGUCCAAAUUAGAAAAAAUGCAGUACUUGAUCACCAGUCUCAGUGAUGCAGCUUUAGACACUGUGCGCUCACUCGAGCCCAGUGAAGAGAAUUACGACAAAGCUUUAGAUUUAUUAAAAGUACGUUUUGAUAAUAAAUUACUUCAUUUCCAGGCACACAUAAAGGCAAUUUUCGGGCUACAAGGUAUGGAAAUGGGCGCAUCAGAUGGGUUACGAAAAUUAAGCGAUCAAGUAAAUGCACAUCUUCGAGCGCUGCAAACUUUAGCAACUACUGAAGAUAUAUAUAAUGGCUUACUCAUACACCUCAUCACAAGCAAACUGGAUAGACAAACGCACGAAAAAUGGGAAGAGAAUUUAUCUGCACACAAAUUACCUACAUGGAUUGACAUGUCAACGUUUUUGGAAAGAAGAUGCCGCAUGAUGGAGAAUUUGGAAAACGCUAUGGUCAUACAGGCACCUAGCAAACAGGUGAAAAAUAUUGUAUCUCAAGCAAAAUCAAAAACAAGCGUACUCGUUACUGUAGGUGGUGGCAAGCCCACUCCACUCUGUAUUUUUUGUGAUUCCAAAGAGCAUUUCAUUACUGGUUGCACUUCGUUUUUGAAUCUCUCUCCAAAUUUGCGUUAUAAGGAAGCAAAAAAAUUUCAUUUGUGCUUAAAUUGCCUACGCAAGGGUCACACUAUCAAGCAAUGCAAAUCUGGCAAUUGCAGGUAUUGCCAAGCAAAACAUAACACUUUACUGCAUUUAAAUGGCAAGCAAGAUAGUGUACCAAAGCCGAUUGUGGCAUCGCCUGUACCAAAUAGCCAGGUUACAACAUCGCAAUCAGCAUUAACAUCAUUAGUUGCAAGUCCCAAACCUUUAGCCUUGAAAAAUGUGUCUAACAAUUGUGUGCUGUUAGCAACGGCCAUCAUUUUAGUAAAAAAUCGUGCAGGCACAUUAAUUCCUUGUCGCGCUAUUUUAGACUCUGCGUCUCAAUUAAAUUUCAUUACAUCCCGGUUAGCAAAUCAACUUCAACUUCGGUCUCAUCAUUCACCAGUUUUAGUAUCUGGCAUUGGAGAAUCGAGUCUCAAUGCAGACAGAUGCGUCGACAUAUUUGCCCAAGCGCAUGAUGGUCGGUUUUCGACAUCGUUCACAGCUUUAAUAACACAAAGCAUAACAGACUAUCAGCCGAAUUUUGAUAUCAGCAUUGAGGGGUGGAACAUACCAAACAACAUUAAUUUAGCUGACCCAUCAUUCUUCAAAGCAAACCGUAUUGAUGUUUUGAUCGGUGCGGAAUUAUUCUACGACUUAAUUUGCGUUGGACAAUUUAGAAUUGCUGAUCACUUACCAACACUGCAAAAAACUAAGUUGGGCUGGGUAGUUUCUGGAGGCGCAUCACAUAUCAGUAAUAAAUUAACAACUCUUUCGGCAUUCAGAAAAUUAACACUUCCACAUGAUAAUAUUGAUACACUUUCAAACAUUGUUAAACGCUUUUGGGAGAUCGAAAAUGGUUUCGAUUCUACUCCAGCAUUAUCAGAAGAGGACGCUUUUUAUUCAGGGCGCUAG